AUGCUUACCUCACUCACAAUGACUCCUUUGGAUGUUGUGAAGAUUCGGCUGCAGAGCCAAAGGCAACCCAUGCAUAUUGGCCAACAAUUUCUUUAUUCCAAUGGCCUUAUGGACCAUGUGUGCACGUGUGUGAAUGGCAGAUCACAAGAAUGGUUUCAGAAGCCAGGAAAAUUUUCUGGAACUUUGGAUGCAGUAAUGAAAAUCACUAGAAAUGAAGGUAUACGGUCUUUAUGGAGUGGUAUGUCACCAACAUUGGUGAUGGCUGUACCUACAACAGUGAUCUAUUUUACAUGUUAUGAGCAACUAAAGGGUUAUUUAGUUUACAGUGAAUUUAAUCAUAAUGAUUGGUGGAAACCAAUAGUUGCAGGGGUCAUAGGAAGGUUGCUGGCUGUGAGUGUUAUCAGUCCACUAGAAUUAGUGCGGACAAAAAUCCAAUCUGCAAAACUCAAUUAUUUCAUGAUUGGUAAUCUUCUCCGUGAAGAAGUUAGACAUCGAGGAAUUUUGUCUAUGUGGAGAGGUCUUGCUCCAACGUUGCUUAGAGAUGUCCCAUUUUCUGGAAUUUACUGGUUUGGCUAUGAACGAAUAAAAGCUCACAUGAUUCUUCAGAAUCAUUCUGCAGACUUGCAGGUUCAUCAAACUAUUAUGGCUGGUGCUAUGGCUGGUUCUACUGCUGCUAUUUUGACAGUUCCAUUUGAUGUUGUUAAAACCCACAAACAAAUCAGUCUUGGGCUUCAUGAACCAAAUUGUCCUCAUGUACUUACGCGGCUAUCUACCUGGUCAUUGAUCAAACAUCUUUAUCACAAUCAAGGAAUCAAAUCUUUAUUUGCAGGUAUGGUUCCUCGUGUUGCCAAAGUAGCCCCAGCUUGUGCCAUAAUGAUAACAUCCUUUGAGUACUGCAAGCAAUAUUUUCGCAAAAUCAACAAAUUGGCUGAUGAGAUAACGCCGUCAAAGAUGAAUGAAAAAAAGAAUGUAAGAUGA